CUGCGGGUCCUCCAGUCGUACCUCCAUCUUUAAACCCCAAAGAGAAAAAAGCUUCCGCUCAGCCGUAUACACACAAGAGCCUGCGUAUACAUCUACAUUUGUGCCACAUUAAUCCCAAAAUCUGCGCUUUAAACUGUUUAGACAGAUUAGUUAAAACAUGGGACAGCCACGGGAGGCAUGCUAGAUGUAUCAAAGGCUUUAUUUCUGCAUUGACAUCCAUAAAAACACAGGCGGAAAAAGCAUCGAGAGCUGGUGGCCUUCAGCGAGAGAAAAACAUCGUUGAUUUUAACUGCGCAUCUCUGAUUCUUUUGUCUAUUUCUAUCUCUGCUUUUUCUUCUCUACCUCCCGAUCGCCGGAGAUGAGUAGUGGAAGAUGUCGGUUUCGGGACUGAAGGCUGAGCUGAAGUUUUUGGAGUCCAUUUUCGAUCCGAACCACGAGCGCUUCAGGAUCAUCGAUUGGAAGCCGGAUGAGCUGAGCUGCCAGUUUAACGUGACCGGAGAGAAGCUGCUUAUAAUUCACUGCAACAUCACGGAAUCAUACCCCUCAACACCCCCGAUAUGGUUUGUGGACUCCGAUGACCCCAGUCUGACUCAAGUAUUAGAGCGCCUUGAGGAUGUCAGGAAGGGCAGUACAGUGCUUUUGCAGCAGUUAAAGCGGUUGAUAUGUGAUCUGUGCCGCCUCUACAACCUUCCCCAACACCCUGAUGUAGAAAUGCUGGACCAGCCCCUCCCCACUGGUCCUGUCAACCAGGACAGAAAGCUUGGGACCACAGAUGAUGUGACAUCAGAGGAGGAAGAGGAAGAAGAGCAGGACAUUGAGGAUCUUGAUCACUAUGAGAUGAAAGAGGAGGAGCCUGUGGAUGGGAAGAAGUCAGAGGAUGAUGGGAUUGAGAAGGAAAACUUGGCCAUCCUAGAAAAGAUCCGGAAGAACCAGAGGCAGGACCACUUGAAUGUAAGUGCUCAUUCGGGUGCUGUUUCAGGAUCUGUUCAAGCAUCAGAUCGUCUCAUGAAGGAACUCAGGGAGAUCUACAGAUCUCAGAGUUACAAAAAUGGAAUUUACUCGGUCGAGCUCAUCAAUGACAGUCUGUAUGAGUGGCACGUAAAACUAAGAACGGUGGAUCCAGACAGUCCUCUGCACAGUGACCUCCAGGUGCUGAAGGAAAAAGAAGGAAUGGAUUACAUCCUCCUCAACUUCUCAUACAAAGAUAAUUUCCCCUUUGACCCCCCAUUUGUACGUGUAGUUUCUCCUGUGCUGUCUGGAGGUUAUGUACUUGGUGGAGGAGCUUUGUGUAUGGAGCUACUUACUAAACAGGGCUGGAGCAGUGCCUAUUCCAUAGAGUCUGUUAUCAUGCAGAUUAAUGCCACUUUAGUCAAAGGAAAAGCAAGAGUGCAAUUUGGAGCCAAUAAGAAUCAGUACAAUCUUGCCAGAGCACAGCAGUCAUAUAAAUCACUGGUGCAAAUCCAUGAAAAGAAUGGCUGGUAUACACCACCUAAAGAAGAUGGGUAAACUACAUGCAUCCUGGAUUCAAACAUGGACAAAAUAUCAUCCUGGGGUGAACAUCUUUUUCUCUUUUAUCCCCACUCAUCUAUCCUGCUAAUUGGAGACUUUAUGUGAAUAAUGAAGAACCUGAGAUCUGAUCUGAGGAGCCCACCUUAUCGUGUCUACAUGCUUAUCUGGUCUCUCCCACCAGCAUGUGCUCUCUCUCUCUCUCUCUUCGCUCUCUCUCUCUCUCUGGCUCUUUAUCACCCAUCACAUUUCAACAGGAUAUUCAAAUUGAAAAAGGUUGAUUCUGGUCAGAUACGACCUACCUGAAAAACCUGUGCUAUGCGACCACUUUUCCCAAUUGUUCGGAUGUUUUUGUCAUCUCAGACAUGAUUCCAGCAGAUCAGUGUCGUCGUGAUGCUCAUAUGUCCUCAUACAGAAUCCUCUAUAGAAACUGUGAGUGAUGGGGAUUUCCAAUUUGUUAUAGGCUGUCUGCAACUUUAUUUGUGAAGAUCCUGCAUCUAAUCGUUGAAAGAAACAUUUUUUUGUUGCACCACAGUGUUGAUUUUUAUUUUACUGAAAGAAAUGGCCAAUUCUGGCAAGUUGGACUGCAUCUUUAUAGUCAAGUAAACCUGUAAAGAUAUAUUUUCAAGAAUUGUUUUAUUAAAACCCCACAGAGGUGGACUGAACUUCUGACAUGCCACCUAAAGCAGACAAUAUAGUCCAUUACUAGAGUAAGAAUACAAAUUACACAUGGAUCUACAAAAAAAUACCUAUCACAGGUUUUAUGAAUGCACUAUGACUACUGCUGUUUUGUUUGAUUUCUUUCGUUUUGUUUGCGAGUGGAUGUUCACGUGUAUGGCUGUGCCGUUAUGGUAAUGGCAUCAGAUCAUUCCUGUUUAUCAGUCUCUUAAUGCCACUCUGCGAUGCCAGUAUGCUCUUGGGAAAGCUUUUCCCGCUUAUCGCAGACAUAUAGUGAAGUAUCAAAUGGAUGGUGGCAUAUAAAUUCGCAAGACCACCAUUUCCUUAUAGUGGAAAUACAAACUGGCAGAUUUUGUAAAUCACGUUUAAAUCUCAAUCCUAAUUGCAGUUACUAUAGGGAAACCUUGGAGGUGACCAAAAAUGCCUUAAAAAAAGGAGGAAAUUAAUGAGCGGAAUAUAACUGUCUAGUUUUUGGCAAACCCUACGUCCGUCCUGCUGUGUUCCUCCACGCCUUUAUCUCCAGUAUUCCUUAUUCCAGUUUCUCAUCAAAACGGAGUUGUUCAGAAAGCUAAGGGAGUUAUUAGAGAUGCAAUCUGAACGUUUCAAGCCCUUCAUUAGUGUUAAUAUCUUUAUGCAAUUUGUUUAUAGACAAGCCUGGAGCUUUUGCAGUUGGUUUGUUCUAUUCCUUGGUUGUUGUUCUUAAAUGUUUAGACACUGUACUUGUGUUUACAGCGUCCUGUUUUGCAAAGCUGUUGUAUGCACUGGGGAGUGUUAGGCUGUGCCCAUACAUUUGUAAUGUACAGGACAAAACAAGCCUGGUUCACUUUUUAUUUAGGUCAAUUUGAAAUGGCAUUCAAGCAAUAGUUUGAGUCCAUACAUCAAUGCAGAAAAUUGCAAACUGUCACAUGACUCAUUCUGGUGUAACCAAGUACGGAUUAUGCUAGACCCCACAAAAUCCACAUAUUAUAUCACCAUCUGAUUUUACAGGAAGAACUCCAUGAGUGUUUCAAAUGGGGAAAGUAUUUGUAAACUGAUUCCUGUUCAGGUCUUAAGGCUUGACGGAUCCAUUUCUUGUCUCGAGUAAGUUGUGGUGUUAUCGCAGGUAUCAUACAUUCUGAGUUAUGAUAGGCAUGGUGGGUUUUUUGUAUAUGAUGGUUUGAGAUCCUGGUUUCCUCCACUGUGUACCAAGUGUGUGGGGAGGGGUAAAAUGAGUUAUGCACUGUUAGCAUGCUUUGGUUUUAUUGCAUUUUAUUUUUUUUCCAUUGUAAGUGUAAUUUUGACCAUGUACAGUACAAUUUGUAAACUUGCAUCAAGUUUAUGAAUAAAGAAUUUUAAGAAA